AUGAAUAAAUGUUAAUUUGUUUUGGACAUCUUUGAAACUUUUUACUUGACCAUCACUCAUUUUUGUAUGAAAAUGUUUUUUUUUGCUUGGAAUUGAGAAUUAGUUUUGUUGUCUAACAUAUUGUGUUUGGAGAUCUUAUUUUUUCUAGUUCAAAACCACUUUUUGCGCGAGGGAUACGUGGCGCAUGGAACAAACAUGAAAACUCCAGAAUCAAUGUUAAUGUUAAUUUCGAAACUGUUCUAAGUACUUGAAAAAGCAACUAAAUAGCAGAGUCAAUUUCACCUGUGAAAUGAACGAAACGAAACAAAAUUUAGGACAAAAAAGGUCAAAUAAAAUAAGUUAUUUUCCAGAAAUUUAAUUUGGGAAAUUUCGCCGACGUUCUCAUCAUCAAAACAAUUUUUGGAAUGGCCGACUUAUUAAGAAUUUGUUGUAGAAAAAAUCACGCAAAAAUUUGCGUAAAAAGCAAUUUCAGUGUAUUUCUGAACGAAAAACCAAGACAGUUUCAAACGGAUUUUGUAAAUAUGAGCUCCUAUUUUAAAACAGUUUAUUAAAUUGUUUAAUGAAUAGAUAAAGGAAGAAAAAUGAAAUUGGACAUAUAUAUAUUUUUUUUUUUGAAAUUUAUGACAAAACAAAAUUUCAUUGUUCAAAACAUUUCCCUACAUUUACAAACUUUAACAAAAGCGGAUGCCAAAUAAAACAAAAAUCAUUUAACACUUCUGAAUUCUUUAGAGAGAAUACUACCGUUUCAAUUUCAAAAACUCGAUUGUUCUAGGACUAGGUGAGGUUAGGUUAAGAUGCCCCGUCGAUUUCAAUCGUUAUUUUUAAAACAUCAACUUUGACACCAUCUAAAGAUAAACCACUUGCAAAUAAUCCUCAAAGGAUGCAUUUAACUGAAUGACAAUAUAACUUGAGUACCGGUAGAAAAUUGCAUUACGUCAGCAGCGGUCGCUCUCCAGCAGGUUUUGCAUUCGAAUGCUGUUGAAAAGGAGCCGAAGAAAACCGCUGCUGAAGUAUUCCAAAACCCUACAUAUUUUUUUACAUUUUCGCAAAGAGCUGAAUGUGACGUUUAAACUAACAGAGUUGUGAUUGUUUAUAUUACAGCAGAAAUUAUUUUGGUUCAGAAUAAAAGCAUAGAAAAACAAACACAUUUUUUAGGAAUGUUUGAUACAUGGAUCGAAAUUAUUCACAUUCAUAGAAAUGCAAAUGUAUAAACCUGCAAAUCUGCUGCUUGUGAUUUAAAUCAAGUUGAAUUUGAUCGCUUUUUGAAAUUUUUUGGAUCGCGAAAGUUCAGAUAGCUAUGUUCUCUCUUCGGACCGCACCCUUUGGAAUCCAGGUCCGAUGUCAAAUACAACUAUUGAUAUAAAUUGAAAAAUGAAGGGAGGUUUAGAAAAUCUGAAUCUGAUGAAGGGAGGCGUUAAAAACAGUUUUCGCCUGCAGCUCAAAUCACUCUUCGUCCGCCUCUGUGUACAGCGUAAAGGUACAACCUACAGGGGUCCAAUGAAAAACAAUAAGAAAGCAAACUAUUUUACUACCGGAAACACCCGACUUUGCAGUCUUCAUGUUAAUUACGAGCGAGAUCUGUACGCGGCCGUAGUCACAGGAAGCUGGGGUCUAUACCGGGUGCGCUUGAAGCUUCCAAUGCCGAACUUGAGUGAAACAUACCAGCACGAGAGCAUGAAAGAGAGACUGCUGCUGCUGGACUACUGCUGCUGUUGGGACCACUGUUGCUGCUGGGACUAUUGCUUCUGCUGCUGGGACUAUUGCUACUGCUGCUGGGACUGCUGCCGAAUUGUUGCCUCCAUGCAGUUCUGUGGAAACUCUAGGUACAACUAUUACUACAUGGUCCAACGAUCAACUGUAAAGCUCAGAAAUAUUCAAAGGGAUCGGUAAACUUACUUCAGCGGGAGAACCUGGACUGAUUCGAAAAAUUAAGCGAUUGCGACAUCGAUCGGGCAAGCAAGCCUACACAAUCGGAACGCUGCAUUCAUACACAUAUCCUGUUGUUACCAGGAAAUGAUUUAUUUAAAGAACAAACAAAAUAAAAUUCAAUGUAAUCUAAUG